ACGUUAUAACAAUAUAGAAGAACAAGAUGACUAGCAGUGUAUUUACUCCGGUUCCAGAAGCCUUGGAAGCUUUCAAAAAAGGUGAGUUUUUGAUUGUUAUGGACGAUGAAGACCGUGAAAACGAAGGGGACUUGAUCUGUUCAGCAGAAUUGGUUACUCAAGAAAAGAUGGCCUUUCUUAUUCGUUAUUCUUCAGGGUAUGUCUGUAUUCCUUUAUCUACUGAAAGAGCCGAUGCUUUACAGUUGCCUCCAAUGAUUGCUAAUCAAACCGAUAGACACGGUACUGCUUAUACUGUUACUUGUGAUUAUGCUCAUGGAACUACUACUGGGAUUUCUGCUUACGAUAGAGCCUUGACUGCUUCUAAAUUGGCCGAUGCCUCGUCUGCACCAGCAGACUUCAUUAGACCAGGACAUAUUUUGCCUUUGAGAGCUGUUCCUGGGUUGUUGAAGCAAAGAAGAGGACAUACCGAAGCUGGGGUUCAAUUAUGUGAAUUGACCGGCUUACAACCUGCUGCUGUCAUUUGUGAAAUGGUCAGAGAUGAUGAUGGUUUAAUGAUGAGAUUAGACGACUGUGUCGAGUUUUCCAAGAAACAUGACAUCAAAAUUGUUAACAUUAAACAGUUGGUGGAAUACAUAUCUCAAUAAUUCAAUUUUUCAAACCUUAAUGACUCACGUUAUUGCAUAACGAUUAACCUAUGAACUUAAUUAACUUAUUUUUCUUAACUUAACUUAACUUAACUUAACUUAACUUAACUUAACUUAUUUCUCAACUUAACUUAUUUCUUUCAACUUAACUACAUUAAUUCUUUUGUUUAUAGACUUUUCAAUAGAACAUUAAAAG